AUGGACCCCCGUGUCCGUCGUUCGCCGUCGCCCGGCCAGCCCAUCCAGCAAGGCUACCAACUGGAGGAUAAUCCCUAUGGCCGCCAGCCCCAGCACCUCGACUAUCCCCAAAUGGGCCCUUCGCCGGGACCUGGCAGGUUCACCCCAAGCGAUCAACUGCAACUCAAUGCCGCUCACUCCGUUGAUAACGUGAGCCACGUUCCGAGCAAUAGCCCCUUUCCCGACCCACGACAACAGCCAUAUCAAGAAGAAUACGCGAUAAACCCAGAGCAACAUCACGAUGCCUACUAUAACCAGCCGUACGAGCCCACCCCCAUGGAAGGCGGCCAUGGCUACGAUCAAACCCCCGGGGGAUACGACUACGAUGACCGACGGCCCAUGCUCCCCCCGCAUCAAGAGUCCCAAACGAGUGAGCCCUAUCUGGAUCAGCCGCCAGCACAACCUGCCGCGCCUAUCAAGAGAUGGAAAACCGUCAAGCAAGUCCUGCUCUACCGUGGAAAUCUAGUCCUUGACUGCCCCGUGCCUCCGAAACUUCUGAACCAGCUGCCCCACGGUGAGCGAGACGAGUUCACCCACAUGCGGUACACGGCCGCCACUUGCGACCCUGCCGACUUUUACGAGGAGAAUUUCACCUUGCGCCAGAAGCUCUUCUCCAAGCCGAGACACACCGAGCUGUUCAUUGUAGUCACCAUGUACAACGAGGACGAGAUCCUCUUUGCGCGGACCAUGAUGGGCGUGUUCAAGAACAUCGAGUACAUGUGUAACCGCAAGGAGAGCAAGACAUGGGGGAAGGACGCCUGGAAGAAAAUCGUCGUCUGCGUUGUCAGCGAUGGCCGCUCCAAGAUCAAUUCGAGGACGAAGGCUCUCCUUGCCGGUAUGGGCGUCUAUCAGGAGGGUAUCGCGAAGCAGCAGGUGAACGGCAAGGACGUGACAGCACACAUCUACGAAUACACCACCCAGGUCGGCAUGCGCAUUAAGAACGACGUCGUCCACCUCAUCCCCAAGCAGCAGCCCGUCCAGGUGCUCUUCUGCCUCAAGGAGAAGAACCAGAAGAAGAUCAACUCCCAUAGGUGGUUCUUUCAGGCGUUUGGUCGAGUAUUGGACCCGAACAUCUGUGUCUUGCUGGAUGCCGGUACCAAGCCGGGGGGCAACUCCAUCUACCACCUCUGGAAAGCCUUCGAUCUUGAGCCCAUGUGCGCCGGUGCUUGCGGCGAGAUCAAAGCGAUGCUGGGAACCGGCGGAAAAAACCUGCUGAAUCCCCUUGUUGCGACACAGAACUUCGAGUAUAAGAUGAGCAACAUCUUAGACAAGCCUCUGGAAUCGGCCUUUGGCUUUAUUUCCGUGCUCCCCGGUGCUUUCUCGGCCUAUCGCUACGUCGCGCUGCAGAACGACAAGAACGGACAGGGCCCGCUGGAGAAGUAUUUCGCAGGCGAAACGCUCCACGGCUCCGGCACCGGCAUCUUCACGUCCAACAUGUACCUCGCCGAGGAUCGUAUCCUCUGUUUCGAACUGGUGACGAAGCGUAACUGUCACUGGAUCCUCCAGUACGUCAAGUCGGCCACGGGCGAAACGGACGUUCCGGAUACCGUCACGGAACUCGUCCUCCAGCGCCGUCGGUGGCUGAACGGCUCGUUCUUCGCCGCCAUUUAUUCCAUCGCCCACUUCUACCAGUUCUUCCGGUCCGACCACUCCAUCCUGCGGAAGCUGAUGCUCUUCGUUGAGUUUAUCUUCCACACCGUGAACAUGAUCUUCGCUUGGUUCGCCAUUGGCAACUUCUUCCUCGUCUUCAGCAUCCUGACCACAAGUUUGGGAAGCGAAAGUUUGCUGGGCAGGACGGGUGAGAUUCUCGGGGUCGUGUUCCUUUGGCUCUACGGUAUAUCGCUCUUCACAUGUUUCGUCCUCGCUAUGGGUAACCGUCCUUCGGGUUCGCGAUGGUACUACACAACGAUGGUGUGGUUCUGGGCGUUCAUCAUGAUAUACUUGAUGUUUGCCGCUAUCUUCAUCUCAGUCAAAGCCAUCAUUGCCGAUGUCAACAACGGCAGGCCUUUCAGCAUCGACGAACUCUUCAGCAACCCUGUCUUCUAUACGCUUAUUGUCUCCGUCAUGUCGACCUACGGCAUCUGGCUCGUGGCCUCGCUCAUCAUGUUCGACCCCUGGCACAUGAUCACGUCUUUCGUCCAGUAUAUGCUCCUCACACCCACGUACACCAACAUUCUCAACGUCUACGCCUUCUGCAACACACAUGACAUUUCCUGGGGCACCAAGGGUGAUGACCAAGCCGAGAAACUGCCUUCCGUCAGCACCAAGGAUGGCUCUGGCAAGACAGAUCUGCCAGACGAAUCGGAUCUCAACGCGCAGUAUGAGCGCGAGUUGGCUGUCUUCUCCACCAAGCCCGCCAAGGUCGUGUCAAACCCGACCGAGGCCCAGAAAGCCGAGGCGCAGUUGGACUACUACCGCGGUGUCCGCUCUAUUGUUGUCCUGGCCUGGAUGAUCUCCAACUUUGGCCUUGCGGCUGUCGUGCUGAGCGCCGCUGGCCUGAAUCGCAUCGAACCCGAGGCCGCGAAUCCCGACGAGGCAGGGGAAGAUCCCAACUUCAGGGCCAACAUCUACAUGACCGUCGUGUUGUGGUCUGUGGCCGGGUUGUCGGCAUUCAAGUUCCUCGGCGCCAUGUGGUUCCUGGUGGUGCGCAUGUUCAGGGGUGUUUAG